CUGUGGGCGAGGGUGAUCCUGGCCAAGUAUGCGAGGAAAACUGGGGAAGGGCUCCAAUUCCGCACCACAGGCAGGCUUUCAAACCUUUGGAGGGGGGUUAUUCGGGUGAUACACCUGGUUGAGGAAGCAACUUGUUGGAAUAUCCGUAAUGGACGAACAGCGAAGUUCUGGACUGAUAGGUGGCUGGAUGACAACACAAUCCUCGCGCACCAUGCUCCGAACCUGCCGACCGAGCUCCUUGACAUGCCAGUCAUUGACUUUGUACUUAACGGUAAGUGGAACUCGGAAUUCCUUCUCUAUUACUUACCUGUUAAUGUUGUUUCGCAGAUCAAUCUCCACCCAGUCCCGACGGAGCAAUGGGAGGACGUGCGUGCAUGGAGAUUCAAUCCCGAUGGCAAAUUCAGGUUCCGAUCGGCGUAUGAGCUCACCGACACUGCAGAGGCGCCGAACCAAGGACACCAAGCAUGGCGAUCGGUGUGGAAGGCUCCGACUCUUCAACGCGUGCGAACCUUCUUGUGGCUGAUGAACCAUGGGCGCCUCCUCACUAACGCGGAGAGAGCACGAAGACACCUCACAAGUGAUACGAAUUGCAAGAUUUGCGGAGGAGGACCGGAGACGACCCUACACGUCGUCAGAGACUGCCCUUUUGCCCGAGCAACGUGGGCGGAUCUGCUGGAGGACGAGCCGGAUUCAAGAUUCUUCGAACCUGAUGGCCUGAGGUGGAGUCUUUACUACCUUUCAGGGAGGAGCAAUACCAUUGAUGCUACUAUUUUUGCAGGAACCUGUUGGCUGCUGUGGAAGAACCGGAAUGACUUCGUGUUCCAGGACAAGUUGAAGACCCAUACACAAGUCCAGUUCCACUCAAAACAGCUCCGGGACGAGAUCAUUAAAGCAUUCGACCAGGAGAGAACAGUUUUCGGGACUGGGGGCACCCGAGAGCAGCGCCUUGUUGGCUGGCAACCACCGGCGCAGGACUGGGUCUGUGUUAACACUGACGGCUCAGUCAAUCAUUCUCCGGAGAGCACUUCUUGUGGCGGCAUCAUGCGGGGGAGUGAUGGCCGCUUCAUCAGAGCAUUCACAGCAAACCUGGGGGGAGGCUCUAUCACCCGUGCGGAGCUGGCUGGUAUUGUGUAUGGGUUGGAUCUUGCUUGGGAGCAAGGAGCCAGGAAAGUUCUUCUACAAACAGACUCAGCGACUGCAAAAUCCCUGAUUGAGAACGCCACCGAGCAGCAUUUGCACUUCUCACAGAUUAGCGAGAUCAGGCGGAGACUACAGCGAGAAUGGACAAAAAUCAAGCAGCGAAUGGAACCGAUGGCAACGGAGCCGUCGUCUCCUUCCAUAGUCGAAGUCAGAGAAGAGAUUAUGAUCUCUCCGGUCGACGGUGAAGCAACCUCUACGCCGAGGACAGCCCAUUUCCUGAAACCCUCCAUCUCUUCAUUCAAAGCAACGAUCUUUGAGUCCCCUCCAUCCGAUCUCUCAAUAACCCCCUCGCGGCCGUUCGUUUCUUUUGCUGGUUGGAGGUACGGAGCAAGAAAUUGGAAGUUGUGGGUGGAGAAAAUGGCGGCAACCCACAAACCCACAUGGGAGAAAGCCGGCAUUUUUUAUGCGGUGAGGAACUCGGUCCACGAAAUCAGGAGAGACGACGACUUGGUUUUCGGAUUGGCGGAGAGAUGGUGCUCGAAGACCAACUCAUUCGUUUUGCCGUGGGGUGAAGCUACUGUGACAUUGGAGGAUAUGGCGGUUCUGGGGUUCUCUGUAUCAGGGUCCCCUGUUUUUCGCCCCAUUGGAGAGACAGAGGAGCUGAAAGAGCUGGAACAGGGUCUUAGUAUGGCGAUGAAGGAGAUCUCGCGAUCGACGGCUAAAAAGGCAGCAGUUGGUUGCUGGAUAACGAAAUUCAGAGAUAGCGAGAGCUUAAUCGAGCACGAAGCUUUUCUGGUGGCAUGGCUGUCCAGGUACGUUUUUUCCAAUACUCACGAUUGCAUAAGAAGGGAAGCUUUUCCGAUAGCUAUUCACCUUGCUAGGGGAAUUAGAAUUGCUUUGGCACCCGCUGUUCUCGCCAGUAUUUAUCGCGAUUUGGGCAUUUUGAAGCGUGAAAUUGUCAACGAAUCAAGAGGUUCUUCGUCUUCCAUUGUCAAACUCUGGUCACCAUUUCAGCUAGUCCAGGUAUGGGCUUGGGAGAGAUUCAUUCAGGUUCAGCCGCAGCCUAACGAUCUGAGCCGCGGCGAACCCAGAUUAGCUCGAUGGAGUUCCAAGAAGAUAGAAAAAAGAGGCCAGGACAGGAGGAUGAUGUUGGACUCUGCUGCAGACACUUUCAUCUGGCGUCCGUACACUCUGCCCGUCAGAAAUUGGGGAUUUCCCCUCAAAUUCUACGGCGAGAAGGAGAGAUGGGUAACGCUCAAGUCUGGCUAUGAGAACGACGACGACGAUGAUGAUCUGGUGUGUUUUGCUCGAUGCUUGAGGCCUUCAUUUCUUGUUGGAAUGGACACUGUAGAGCAGUAUUUUCCUCAUAGGGUUGCAAUGCAGUUUGGGUUUGAUCAAGGCAUACCUGGCUGUGUGGGUGAAUCAAACAAGACUACUGAUUGCUCUGUUGAUGCUUGGGGUGAUUACAGUAGAGAUUUAGAUGGUGUAAGCUUGUAUGUCCCGUCCCGGCUAUUCGAGGCAGAUGUAACUACUCUUUAUCAUCAAUGGUGGAAACAGGCGGUUGUGGAAUUGCGCCGAGGGGAGCUACUGAGUUUGUCAAAGCGGGACAAGGGAUCGAAGAAGUUGAUGGAGAAGAAGGCUGGUGGUGGGAAGUUAACUUUGUCGAAGAAGGUUUCGAAGCAUGAGCAGAAGAGAGGUCUAGAAACAGCAGCAGAUGGUUCGGGCUCUAGGGGUCUUCUUAGUCAGAAAAUCUCAGCAAUGUCAUAUAAGAAUGCAAAGAGAAAGAAUGAUGGUCACAAUGGGUUGACUGACAUCGACCGCCUUGUGAAACGGGCUCGGGCUCGGGCUCAUGGUACCAUAUUUACCAAAGAUGGUUCUCGUAUUGAUGUCUUGGAUCCAUCACCGGUAUCAGAAGCUAAGGUUGUGGGAAGGGAUGAUGAUGAGGAGGAGGAAGAUAUGAUGACAAGUGGACAGUUGGUGAAAGCUAACUACAAGCAUGGACAUGCUGAGAAGAUAAUAUAUGGUGGGGAUGCUCCCAGUUCGUCUCUCCGGUCAAGGAAUAUUGGAGGAGCUGUUGAAACUGUGUCGGCAUUGAUUGGGAUCGAAAGGGAAGCAGCUGCUGAAAGUAGACAGAAGAAUCAUGGCUACCAGAAUCAUUUGGAUCAGUCCUCGAAUUGCCAGUUUUCAGUAGCACCGGGUCAGACUCCUGGGGUAGGAUCCAGUGAUGUUUCGUCAGGUCAACUGCAAUCCCUUUCCUUUUCAGCAGAGAAAGAUGUGGUGGACUUGGUAAGUCCAGAUAGAGAAGCAACGAUGAAAACUGUGAUGAAGAUGGAGCCUUUUGAAGAAGUGAUGAAGGAAGUUACAGCAGCAGCAGUUGCUGAAGUUGAGAACCAAAGUAAUGAGUCUACUGUAAGCUUGUCUGGAGGAGCAAUGAACCUGGGCAUCAGAAACAGCGAAGCGGGUGGUGGUGAUUCCACGUUUGGAUCGAUGCUGAAACGGCUUGACACUCAGCUUAGUGGGCUGGAGAAGCAACUCGCUGUGUUGAAAGCAGCAAGAGUUGUUGGCAAGUAA